AUGGCCAGCGUGGAUGUGACCACAGAUGUGAUCAUCCUGACACAGACCGUGGUUGGACUCCUGGGGAAUUUCUCCCUCUUUUGCCAUUAUAUCAUCCUUUACUUCACUGGGUACAGGUCACGGUCCACAGACGUGAUUCUUCAGCACCUGAUUGUGGCCAACUUCUUGACCCUUCUCUCUAAAGGAGUCCCCCAGACCAUGGCAGCCUUUGGGUGGGAAUAUUCCCCCAGUGAUUUUGGAUGCAAAAUGAUUUUCUUUCUUCACCGAGUGGGGAGGGGAGUGUCCAUGGGGAGCAUCUGCCUCUUGAGUGUCUUUCAGGUGAUCACGAUCAGCCCCCAGAACUCCAGGUGGGCAGAGCUUAAAGCAAAAGCUCCCCAGCACAUUGUUCCCUCGAUGUGCCUGUGCUGGAUGCUCCAAAUGCUGGUCAAUGUCGUUUUCCCUGUGAAUAUAACUGGCAAAUACAGUGACAAAAAUAUCACAAACAGAAGAGAUUUUGGAUACUGUUCUGCUCUUCGUUAUGACGAAACCAGAAGCAUAUUACUUGCCUUGCUGCUGUUACUCCCUGAUGUUUCAUGCUUGGGGCUCAUGCUCUGGGCCAGUGGCUCCAUGGUUUUCCUCCUGUACAGACACAAGCAGCAGGUCCAGCACAUUCGCAGGAACAUCAUCUCCCCCAGGUCCUCGCCUGAGUCCAGAGCUACCCGAACCAUCCUUCUCCUGGUGAGCAGCUUUGUCUCCUUUUAUACCCUUGCCUGCACCUUUCAACUUGUUUUGACUCUUUUCGGUAAUCCCAGCUGGGUCCUUGUGAAAAUCACUGUAGUCAUGGCUGCGUGGUUCCCCACUGUCAGCCCCUUUCUACUCAUGAGCCGUGACUUGACUGUGCACAGGAUCUACAUUGCCUGGAUAAGGAAUGCACAGUCCCCCACUGUUAGGAGAAACCUAUAA